AGAAUAUGGGGGAUGAUAACAAGAGCUGUCCUUGUGAAAGAGGUUAAGAAGGUGAGCUCCAUGGCAGUGACCAUAGCAGCAAUGGCACUGUUACAGUACCUUCUGCAGGUCGUAUCAUUGAUGAUGGCUGGACACCUCGGUGAACUUGCGCUCUCUGGUGUUGCAAUGGCCACCUCUUUCUGCAAUGUCUCCGGCUUUAGCCUCCUCUUGGGGUUUGCAAGCGGCUUAGAAACACUAUGUGGGCAAGCUUAUGGAGCACAACAAUAUCAAAAGGUUGGAAGCUACACGUACUGUGCAAUAAUCUCUAUUCUUCCAAUCUGUUUCCCGAUGUGCCUGGUUUGGAUUUUCAUGGACAAGCUAUUAGUUCUAAUAGGCCAAGAUCCUCGAAUUGCAAUGGAAGCUUGCAGAUAUGCAAGAUGGCUCAUACCAGCAUUGUUUGCCUAUGCCAUACUUCAAUCACAAGUUCGAUUUUUUCUAGCUCAGAGCUUGAUUCUUCCCGUCGUAUUUAUCACAUUGGUAACACUAGGCUUUCAUGUUCCUAUAUGUUGGGUUUUGGUAUUUAAAUCAGGCUUGGGAAAUUGUGGGGCAGCUUUGGCCAUUGGCUUGUCCUAUUGGCUCAAUGUGAUAUUGCUCGGAAUAUACAUGAGAUACUCAUCGUCGUGCGAGAAAACUCGUAUUCUCGUUCCGGAGGACGUUUUUGCCUGCAUCAAGGAGUUAUUUCGCUUCGGAAUUCCUUCUGCUUUAAUGCUUUGUCUAGAAUGGUGGUCUUUUGAGAUUCUUAUAUUACUAUCCGGAAAUUUACCCAAUUCAAAGCUUGAAACAUCAAUUAUUUCUAUAUGCUUCACAACCGUAACUGUGCAUUUCUACAUACCAUUGGGGAUUAGUGCUGCUGCAAGCACUCGAGUUUCGAACGAGUUAGGUGCCGGAAAUCCACAGGCCGCUCAACUAGCUUCUUUGGUGAUAAUGGCUCUUACUGUUGCGGAAUCAGUCGUCGCGAGCACAAUUAUCUUCUGCUGCCGCUACGUAUUUGGAUAUGCUUUCAGCAACGAGAAGGAAGUUAUAGAUGGUGUAAUCAAAAUGGUUCCCUUAAUGUGCCUCUCAAUAAUCGUGAAUAGCUGCCAUGCAGUUCUUGGUGGGGUUGUUAGAGGAAUUGGGUGGCAGCACAUUGGAGCCUAUAUAAAUGCCGGGGCAUAUUAUCUUGCAGGAAUUCCAACAGGGAUUUUAUGUGCUUUUGUCUUUAAAUUGAGAGGGAAAGGCCUUUGGAUUGGAAUGUUAACAGGGUCCACUGUAGAUGGAAUUCUCUUCACAUUUGUAGCUGUUUUCACAGAUUGGAAAAAACAGGCAAUGAUGGCAAGGGAAAGAAUAUUUGAGGGAACACGUUCAAGCUGAGGAUGGCUCAUUUUGAAGAAAGCAAUUCAA